AAAGUGAACCAAUUUUGAUUUGAUGCCGAAUCAAAUAGAUCCAGAAAACAUGGAUGCCAAGUUGAUGAAAAAUGCAACUGAGUCGGCGGAAGUUGGCCAAACCCAGCUGAAAGUCAGCUCCAAUUUGCAGCUGAAUUCCUCAGAUCAGGCUGAGCUUGCCGCAGUUGCAAGAACAACAUCAACAACAACAACAACAACUGAUAACAAUGUGGAUAUGCCAAGUGAUGACAGUUUGGAUCUCAGGCUGCAGAAUAUGCUGGAUUCGCUGACAACUGGCAACAAUGUCGAAAUUCCAACGGAUGACAGCUUGGAUCUCAAAUUUCAGGAAAUCCUCGAUUUGUUUCCAUUUGUUCCCGAUGCGCCCAGCGAUCCAGCAGCUGAAUAUGAUGCUCAAAUCGAUGCCAGACUGCAGGAGGAGCUCAACUCACUGCCCAUGGUGGAACCAGAGCCCGAGGCGGAUCCUCAGCCCCAACUGCCACAGCAACAAGUGCCUCGCUUGCCCUGCAAUCGCGAGUGCAACAAGCCCCGACUCGUGCCACAGCCAAGCAAGUUGACAAUGCCUAAUCCGCCACUGGAGUCCGCCAGCUUGGGCUCUGCCAUGCAGCUGAAGCCGCAAACGCAGGCGAGAGUGCUGGCAAGGAAUCCACAGGAUCGGCUCAAGAUUCCAGCGGUCAGAAAGUAUGUGACUGUCCCAGCAGGUCAGCCCAAUAUGGCUGGGUUUCCCAAAUCCCUGAUAGACUUCAUCAAGUCACAAGGCAACAGCAAUAUUGGCAAGAAUCUCUAUCAAUCCUUUGUGCGAGCGAAGAUGGCGCAACGUGGAUUGCAGCAGCAGCAACAGCAGCACCAGCAACAGCAGCAGCAGCUGCAGGCUCCGCUCGAGGAGGAUGAGGUGGACUUCGAGGAGAUUGGCGUGGCGGACACCUUCUCCACGUACUGGCCCAGCAAGUUGAAGGGCGGCGCCCGCCAUCCCGACUCGGUGGUGGAAACGGCGACACUUUCCUCUGUGGAACUGCCGGACAUCACCUACGAGCUGGUUCUGCCGGAUAAGCUCAAGGAAUCGGAUCGUCUCAGUGCACUCCAGCUGGAGGCUGUGACAUAUGCCUGCCAGGCGCACGAGCAGCUCCUGCCGAGCGGCGAACGAGCUGGCUUCCUGCUGGGCGACGGCGCAGGAGUGGGCAAAGGACGCACCAUAGCCGCCAUCAUCUAUGAGAAUUAUCUGCGGGGCAGAAAGCGUGCUCUAUGGAUAUCCGUCUCGAACGACCUGAAGUUCGAUGCGGAGCGCGAUCUCUCCGAUAUUGGUGCCAGCAUGUUCAUCGGGGUGGCCUCGAUGAGCAAGUUCAAGUAUUGUCGGAUCACCUCCGAGGAGAACGGCCACUUUCGGAAGGGCGUCAUCUUUUGCACGUACACGGCUCUGAUUGGGGAGUCGGCAAAUGCCCUGCCCAAAUACAACACACGGCUGCGUCAGUUGGUCAACUGGUUCUCCAAGGAUUACGAUGGCGUCAUUGUGCUCGACGAGUGCCACAAGGCCAAAAAUCUGAGUCUAAUGAAUGCGGGCAAGUCCACAAAGACGGGCACCACAGUGCUGGAGCUGCAGCAGCUGCUGCCCAUGGCACGGGUGGUUUAUGCCUCGGCAACGGGUGCCUCCGAGCCCAAGAAUAUGGCGUAUAUGGUCCGGCUGGGCUUAUGGGGACCGGGCACAUCCUACUCGGAGUUCUUCAAGUUUGUCAACACGGUGGAGAAGCGCGGCAUUGGCGCCAUGGAGAUCGUUGCGAUGGACAUGAAACUGAGGGGUUCCUACAUCGCUAGACAGCUGAGCUUCAAGGAUGUCAGCUUCUGCAUCGAGGAGGUGCCCAUGUCCCGGGACUUUCACAAGCUCUACAAUCACUCGGCGGAGCUCUGGGCCGAGAUCAAUGAGAAGUUCCUCAAGGCCUUUCGCCUGAUGUGCAUCGAGAAUCGUGUCCAGAAGAUCAUCAUCUGUCAGUUCUGGUCGGCACAUCAGCGUUUCUUCAAGAAUCUGUGCAUUGCCUCCAAGGUGCCGCAUGUCGUCAAAAUGGUUCGCGAGGCGGCGAAGCAGGGCAAAGCUGUUGUCAUUGGACUCCAGUCGACGGGAGAGUCGCGUACGCUGGAGCACCUCGAGCUGUAUCAGGGCGAGCUGACGGGCUUUGUGUCCACCUCGAAGAUGAUCAUCAAAUCGUUUGUGGAGAAGUACUUUCCGGCACCCACCCGCGAGUCCUUCUACAAGCUACUCUACACGGGCACCUUUGAGCCGGAGUCACGCUGCAAGUCGUCCGGCUCGAAACGUACUCGCCUCUCCGAGCUCUCCGACGAUGACUCGGAUGCGGAUGGUGGCGACAGCGAUAUUGAGCUGAGCUACAGCCACUGGAACAACGAUGAUGACGAUGACGAACGCUGCAAGACGGGACGCAAGCGACGCGGUCGUCCCCCAAAGUCAGACAAGGCGGAAAAGAUAACGAUGCAGGAUCGCAUCCUGGAGCACUUGUGCAGCAACAUGAAUGCCAAGAACAAGGAGGAAGAAUUCAAUGCCAGCUUCGAUGCGCAGGAAUCGCAAACGGCCAAGAUCACCGAGCACGAUGUGGAGCGUUGCAUAACGGUGCGGGAGCGUUUGCUGGACAAGAUUGAGCAUCUGGGUCGUCGCAUGCCGCCCAAUACACUGGACAAGAUCAUCUCGAAGUUGGGCACCAAUGUCGUCGCCGAGAUGACGGGUCGUCGGGGCCGGGUGAUCAAAACGGAGGACAAUCGGUAUCGCUACGAGCAGCGUUGCGAGGCGGAAACCUCCAUGGAUCUGGUCAACUACAUGGAGAAGCAGCGCUUCAUGGAGGAUACCAAGCAUGUGGCCAUCAUCUCGGAGGCGGCAUCCAGCGGCAUCUCGCUGCAGAGCGAUCGACGACUCUCCACACAGCGACGACGACUCCACAUCACCCUGGAGCUGCCCUGGAGUGCAGAUCGUGCCAUCCAGCAAUUUGGACGCACCCAUCGCUCGAAUCAGGCAAAUGCCCCCGAAUAUGUGUUCCUCAUUUCGGAUCUGGGUGGCGAGAGUCGCUUUGCGGCAACGGUGGCCAAGCGUCUGGAGAGCUUGGGUGCACUCACCCAAGGCGAUCGACGUGCCACCGAUGCUCGGGAUCUGUCCAAGUUCAAUAUUGACAACAACAUCGGUCGCUGUGCCUUGGAGAAUGUCCUGCAACAGAUAACCGGCGAGAAGCCGCUGGAAAAGAUGCACAUACCCGAGUCCUACAAGGGUGACUUUAGCUUCGAUUGCUGUGUCGCGUUGUCCGGCGUCGGGAUGCUCAGUGUGACGGUGAACAAGGGUCAGCAGAUGUUCGUCAUCGAGAAGGAUAGCUACAAUAUACCAAAGUUUCUCAAUCGCAUUUUGGGCUGUCGCGUCGAGGUGCAGAAUGCGCUCUUCAAGUUCUUCCUCAACAAGAUGUACUCGCUGAUCCUGCAGAUGAAGCGUUCGGGUCACUUUGAUCUGGGCAUCCUUGACUUGGAUGCUCAUGGUGCGAAUGUGACGGCCAUGAAGCUGAUACGCUUCAUCAGGAAGCAUGCGACGGGCAUAGCUGCCACAGAGCUGCACACAAUGCAGGUGGUGCGUGGCAUGUCCUUCGAACAGGCGCUGACCAAAUUCAAUAAGGAGGAGCGACAGGAGCACGAGGGCUUCUACAUGUUCAAGCAGGAGCGCAACAACAACAAUUGCGCCAUCCUCUGCUUGAACGUCCAAUCGCAGCCAGAUGCAACGAGCAGCGAUGCCACCAAACUGAACUUGAAGAUCUACAGACCCAAUACGGGUCCCCAGGUGCGCACCGAAACACUCAGCUCGAUCAGCACACGGUAUGUGAAGGCCUCGCCGGCGGCAGUGAAGCAGUUCUGGGAGAUGCAGUACAAUCAGUGCCUGCGCAUGUGUUCCCACAUCUACUGGCACCGACGCUGCCCCUUUGGGGCAAAGUGCGGGGUGGGUCUGCGCGUGCGCACCUACCAUGUGCUGUCGGGUCUGAUGUUGCCCAUCUGGGAUCGCAUUGCGCUCAUCGUGGAGAAGGAUGGCCGCAAGAUUCAAAUGAUUCGUGUGAAGACCGAUGAGAACAAGAAAAUCGUUGGCACCAUGGUGCCCGAGGGUGUUUACCAUCAGCUGGUGGCCGAUCUCUCAUCCGAUUCAAUCGUCGAGAGCAAGGACUUGACCAAAAAGCAGCAGCAGUGAAUGCUGCAUUCCUCAAUUGAAAUUGGAGACGCAGUUGAAAAGUCAACGGUUUUUACUCGGCCAGAUUUUGAAAUCUCCUUCGAAUCUCCUCCAUCGAAAGGAAAGGAUUCCAAUGCAAAUCGGAUCUCCUUUUUUAUACCUCCAAGGAUAUGCUGAAAAGUUAUCAAGCUUAAUAAAAACCAGAUAUUGUUUUAUGCUUUAA